ACAAAGGCGGCUAAUGCUUGUACAAUAAACGCUUUUGCACAGCAACUACGCUUAUUUACGGCGGAUGAGUCAUACAUACAUUGCUUCAAUUGUACCAUCGUGCCUCAUACAGAACAUGUAAAGAAAACUGAGUUAGCAACUGAAUUAAAUCAAACACAUUUGGUUGGUAUGAUGUCAAGUUAUGAAUGUGUUAAAACACAGCCCUCAUUUUAGAUGCAAAAGUUGCAAUUGGUUAGUAAAUUAUAAAACAUGCUGUUACGCACGCAUUGUUUCGAGUUAUUUUUUAAAGACCAUUUGUACAAGAAAAAUUUUCUUAAUUCGUACACAGCGUGUUUUCAGACUUCUUGAACAUAUCAUAGUUGUACAAAGUAUCAGCUUUACCUAAUUCCGAUUUUGGAAAAACAGCAAAAAUGGCGUUUGAUGACGAUUAUAUUCAACGAACGGGCACAGUUAGAUCAAAUUUGAGUUACACCAGCACAAAAACUCUCCCUGGAAAAAGUUCAUACACAAUAUAUUUGCUGGAUGGACAGCCCGUGCAAAUACAAAUUGAUCGAAAAUCAAAAGGUCGCGACCUUUUCGAGACAUGCUGCGCGAAUAUGGACACCCCAAUUGACGAGAAAUUUUACUUCGCGUUGUCGUUCGAUAUCAAAGAACACGGUAACUUGCGACGAACUUGGAUUGACUUCAACAAGCCUUGUGCAAGACAGAUGAUCAAUGCUCCUAACAAGGCUCUCGCGAUGAACGUUAAGUUCUACCCACCCGACCCCACUCAGUUGUUGGAGUACACUCGGUACCUGUUCUACCUGCAGCUUAGAGAUGACGUCUGCAAAGGAAAGAUGCAGCCCAUGAUUUUGGGAACGCAAAAAGUUCUAGGAUCCUACAUCUGUCAAGCGGAUGUCGGCGAUUACCAGGAAGGUGAAAAUUAUGAUUUCCUUUAUGAUUUCCCGUUCGGUCCCGGAGAUAACUCAGCCGAAAUGGUCGAAGGAAUAAUUGAUAUCUGGAAAGGUCAUCGAGGCAUGACCACCGGAGAAGCUGAGUUGAAUUACCUAGAGAAUGCUAAAAAGUUGCCGAUGUAUGGAACGGAGCUCUAUCCUUGCGAAGACGCAGAUAAUAUCGAAAUUGAUCUGGGUAUAAAUUGGUCCGGAGUUCUUGUUUUCAAGAACAAAACCAGAAUCAACCGUAUUUCGUGGCCCAAGGUUCUGAAGAUAUCCUACAAGCGUGAUUAUUUCUACAUCCGAGUUCGACCGGCUGAAAAUGACAAGUACGAAAAGACCAUUGGGUUCAAAACGGAGGGCUACAAGGCGGCCAAAAGGCUUUGGAAAAUAUGUGUAGAACAUCACGCUUUCUUCCGAUUGGUCAGAACCGAACCAAAGUCGAAGAAAAUAAAGUUUGGUUCUAAACCAAAUAUGACUUUUCAAACUGAAUACCAGGUUCGAAAGCAUAACGAGACGCUAAGAAGUCAAUAUCAGACAUUUGACAGGUACAAUACUAUGGACACUGUGAGGAGUUUGAGUUUAACCAGAAGUGGAGGUCAGGGAAAUUCAAACCGACGGGCAUUUUCAAUGGAUGAAAUUUUAGGCCCUGAUGAAGGCAGGAAAAAUCGACAUGAAGACGAAUAUGUCAUUGAACCAAGUUCAAACGACCAGUUCCAACAAAUGUACGACAAACAUUUGCCCCUGGAAAUUGGAAGUGACAAGAAUCAAUACCUGGCUAGACUCGAAUUGAUGAAUGCUCGAGAUUCGACAGCCAGUCAACAGGAGGCAACGCCUCCACCUGCAGAGGUAGCUCAGCAGGUUGAAAGGGACAGUCCAGCGGACGAUUCAAAGAGAAACAGAAAUGACCGCCAGUACAAUUCGUACAGAAAUACAACUACUGCGAAUCCAAGUUACCGGAACGACAGGAACCAAGAUGAUCAUAUCGAGCAGCAGCAAUUCGGUAGGAUGAGUCCGAAUGGAGAAAGAGAAACGGGCCUUACUGAGCAAAGAUUGUCGCCUGAAAACAUGGAAAACAUUCCUAUCAAGGAAGAGCACCCAGAAAAGGUUUACGAGCGUCAGCCUGAUUCUGCCGCAGAAUCAGGAAUUAAAUCUGGUCUCAAAUUGGGCUUGGGGGUGUUCAAAAGAGGCGAUAAAGAUAAACGCAGUAAAGAUAAACCAGCGAAAGAACUUAAGGAAAUAGAAAAGAAGUCGAAGAAAAACAAGAAAGACAAAACUCAAGCCGAGUUGUCUCCUGAAAGGCCUUCUGCACAACAUCAUGAAGGAGAACGAAAUUUUGAUCCCAGUUUUGAUGCUGGUUUUGAAAGGGAGCCCCAUCGUUUUGCUCAAAAAUCAUCUUUCGAGAGAAUGCAAGAGCAGGGUGAGCUUAGCAUGGGAUCUGACGCUGAUAUACACGGUCGACAGUCAAGUUAUGACAGAGACGGAGCACGAUCCAGACCGAACUCCAAUUUCAAAUUUGAAACAGAGCCGCUUCGUGGAAAACAGGGAAAAUACGAUGCUGGUAACCGAUUCGAAGGACCACCUCAGAAUCGGUAUGAAGAAAAAUACAGGAUAAGCGAUCCAACGGACGAGAGUUCGAGGUAUCAAUUCGAUCAGGAAGAUGAAGACGAAAGACCACCAGAACCAAUAAGACCUCAUUUGAAUCCCACUGUAAGCGCAUCUGAUUCAUUUGAACACCCAAAUGCCAUCACUGGAUCACUUCCGAAACGGGUAAUGCCCCCAAAGCCAGUUGGAUUUUUCGACAGAUCACGGUACCCAAAAAGAGACGAUUCAGCUCAAAAUCAACCUCCAGUUACUCAUAGUCCGAGGAGAUCUUAUGAGACAAAAAGCCCAGAUGUCAAUCACGGUUAUAAUGCUCAGGACAGGAAUUCAGGAAGCAAUGAUUUAAUUCCUGGUUCUGGAAGGUUUGAACGAGCAACUGGGGACAUUAAAGGAACUACUGAUAUAGAGUCUGAUCGGUACAAUUUGUACAAAAAUAGAACAAAGCAAAAUUACGAGGAUCCAAGCUACCGCUACGAUUUAGACACAGAUUCGUACAGAAAUGAUUAUAAUAGUUUUGAGCAGCCUAGGGUGAGUCCCAAUGCAGAAAUGGAAAUGGACCUCACUGAGCGAAGACUACCUAAUCUAGAGAAUCGUUACCAUGACGAUGAAAACCUGGAAAACUUAGGUCCUAACGAGGAACAGCAUCCAGAAAACUUUUACGCGCCUCAGCCUGAUCCUCGUGCAGAAUCAGGAGGUAAGUUUGGUCUGAAGUUUGGCUUAGGUGUGUUCAAAAGAGGCGAUAAGUCCCGCGGCAAGGAGAAACCAGUGAAAGAACACCAGGAAAAACAUAAGAAGUCGACGAAAAAUAAGAAGGACAAAAAUCAAGCAGAUUUUUCUCCUGAAAGACCUGCUCAGUCUGAUGAAGGAGUACAAAGUUUAGAUCACAGUUUUGAAGCUGGGUUUGAUGUGGAACCGCCUCGUGUGGCUCGAAAAUCAUCUUUCGAGAGAAUGCAAGAGCAGGGUGAGCUUAGAAUGGGAUCUGACGCAGAUAUGCAUGGUCGGCCACGUUAUGACAGAGACGCAGACUUGGAUUUUCGCAGAAAUCAAGAUAGAAAUGAAGAUUUGAGGCCCCAAGCUGUCAUGGGCUAUAGAGACAUUGAAAUGCGGCCAGAUUCGAACGCUUAUAACAGAAAUGAAAUGGGGGAUAAUCGAGAUCAGAAUUACGACAUGGAUUUGAGGCCACGUUUUGGAAGGGAAGAAUUAGAAGUCUUACGUGCAGAUCCACAUAAUAUCAGAGAGAUGAGCGGUGAUUUGAGCAUUCCUUUAAGAAAAACGGAAGCUCCUGUCGUGCAAUCCAGGCCGAACUCCAGCUUCGCCUUUGGAAGAAAGCCCUUCCAGGGAAGCUACGAGGCUGGUAAUCGAUUCGAAGGACAGCCUCAUUAUCGGUAUGAAGAAAAGUACGAGGGGAGUGUUCCAGCAGACGAAAGUUUGAGAUAUCGAUUGGAAGAUGAAGAUGGAGAAGUAAAACCACCAGAACCCCCAAGACCUAAUUUGAAUCCCACUGGCAGCGCAUCUGCUUCAUUUGAACCCCCAAAUUACAUCAAAGGAUUAAUGAGAGAUGAAUACCAGAACCCAGCAGCAGACUCCUCAUCGAGUCGUUUUAACUAUCAGAAAAGAGGUGGUUUAACGUCAUACGGUUUCAAUGCUCAGGACAGAAAUUCUGGAAGCAGUGAUGUGAAUACUGGUUCUGGAAGGCUUGAACAACCGAAAUCCAAUGAAGACAGAUCAUGGGACUCAAAAAGAGACUAUUCAGCCCGAAAUCAACCUCUUCUUGCUGAUCAACCGGAGAAAUCUAUUGAGCCAAAAAGCGCAGAUAUCAAUUUGAAAGCUGAAUUGUCAUUUGAGAGUUCGCGAACUGGCGAAAUGAGAGAUGGUUACCAGAAACCAGCAGCUGAAGCCACAUCGAGUCGUUUUAACUAUCAGAACAGAGGUGGUCUAAUGUCAUAUGGUUCUAAUGCUCAGGACAGAAAUUCUGGAAGCAGUGAUGUGAAUACUGGUUCUGGAAAGUUUGAACGACCAUCCGACUACAAACCAGCAAACGCUAAACAGUUUGGUCAGACUCAGGUUUCAACAUCAAGGUUCGAAUCACCAAAGGUCAAUAGGACUGAGGUGUCUACCAGUGGACUCAAAUCAGAGUCACCUCCUGUUCAAAAACUGAUCGAUGACAGUAAGUUUGACAUAUUGUUCGAAAAGCCUGUUUUCUCAAGAACGGACGAUGAAGAUCUCUCUUCGAGAAGAUCCACUUACCUGAAUGCAAGAAAAGAUUUUUUCAACAAAGCUGGGGCAUCAGGCGUCAAAGAGAAAUCAUCAUCCACUGUAUAUAAAUCGCCCCCUGAAAGUCGAAACAUUCCAGAAGUAGCAUCAGUUAGUGUUAACAACUCAAAUUCUGAAGCGUCAAAGGCUCCGCCUGUUGCACCGAAACCUCAGAAGGCUUUCAACGACCGUAGUUGGAUCAGUGAGCGCCAACCGUACGAGCCCGGAACUAGAGUGUCGGGGCAAAUGCCCCCCGGCGUUGCUGCAGUUCGUGGAAUGGUUAAAUCGCCGAUCGAAAGCAGCGAAGACGAAAUGAUGACUCCAGCUGCUUUGAGUUCGGCAAAUGGAACUUUGAAUCUGAAAAUCGCAGAUUUGAGAAUGGCUCCGGAAAUACCAACAAAACCUUCACAGUUCGGGAGUAAAAGUAUUCGAUCGCAGCCGGAGACUAGUUCUAAAGUGUUUGUAAACAGCUCGGGAGAUAAUGGAAGUGGUUAUUACUCUGAAAGCAGAGUUUAUUCUCAUGAGUUCAACAGCAAUGAUGACGCACACUUCAAUGUUCCACCCAGUGAAAGACCUGGGGCUCCUGGGAGGAACACGGGAGGUCUGAGUGAUAUCUUUAAGAGUCAAUUUGGAGACGCCAGUCAUUCGAGGGGUUCGAAUGUUAAAUAUCAGACGGAGAAAGAAACCACAGUUCAUACACGAACAACAACGCACACUGUGCGAGGAACUGGGAAUUUUCUAACAUCUUAUAUGGAUAACAACCAGCCGGACGAUUAUCCCCCACAGGCAACACAGUCUCGAUUUGCCAAUUCGCGACAAUAUAAAUACCAGUAUCAAUCCUAGUUGAUCCGCCAAUGUCAACACUAUGCAAGCAUCAUCAGGUGGUUACGCCACCAACAUGCCAAACUGAAUUUAAAAUUGAAAUUUAUUAAAAUAUAAAUUGCAUAUCGUUUGCCCUUUACCGCUUGCUUUUAUCCAUUUUCUAUCCCAGCUUUUAGACACUGAGUUUCAAACCUUUUUAACUUUUCUAUUUUCACAUUUCUUUCACAUAUCAGAAGUUCGCCAUUUCGAUGCUAACUAUCUUUCGCGUUCGCGUCUUGUGCUGAGUCACACUUAAUCGUUAACAUAUCUUUGAAGCACAACAAAAUAUAAAUUUGCGAGUAAUAUUAGAUGUAUAUGAGGUUCAUUUUGCAUUAAAAUGAUGAAUUACUAUAAUGAUCUAAUGAAUUUGUUAGAAUGCUCUUUUUAUGACAAACAUUUUAGUUAGAACUUAUUUGGAAUUUCAUAAAAUGUUUUGUAAUUAAAGACUUUGCGGUCG